AGACAUUAUUGACAGUCCUAUCUUAAGCUAUCCAUUUCUUUUUUUCAUAGUGAAAUGGGGGAAAACCAAACAAUGGUUACACAGUUCAUCCUACUGGGAUUCCUUGUGGGCAGAAGGAUUCAGAUGCUUCUCUUCGGGCUCUUCUCCCUGUUCUACGUCCUCACCCUGCUGGGGAACGGGGUCAUCCUGAGACUCAUCUCCCUGGACUCCAGACUGCACAGCCCCAUGUACUUCUUCCUCUCACACCUGGCCAUCGUGGACAUCGCCUGUGCCUGCAGUACGGUGCCCUGGAUGCUGGUGAACCUCCUGGACCCAGCCAAGCCCAUCUCCUUCACUGGCUGCUUAAUGCAGACCUUUCUCUUUCUGAGUUUUGCACAAACAGAAUGUCUUCUCCUGGUGGUGAUGUCCUAUGACCGGUAUGUGGCCAUCUGCCAUCCCCUCCGAUAUUCUGUCAUCAUGAGCUGGAGAGUGUGCAUUGUCCUGGCCGUCACUUCUUGGACAUGUGGGUCCCUCCUGGCCCUGGUCCAUGUGGUUCUCAUCUUGAGGCUGCCCUUCUGUGGGCCUCAUGAAAUCAACCACUUCUUCUGUGAAAUCCUGUCUGUCCUCAAGCUGGCCUGUGCUGACACCCGGCUCAACCAAGUCGUCAUCUUCACAGUUGGCGUGUUCAUCCUGGUGGGGCCCCUCUGCCUGGUGCUGGUCUCCUACUCGCGCAUCCUGGUGACCAUCCUGAGCAUCCAGGCCGGGGAGGGCCGCAGAAAGGCCUUCUCCACCUGCUCCUCCCACCUCUGCGUGGUCGGGCUCUUCUUUGGCAGCGCCAUCGUCAUGUACAUGGCCCCCAAGUCCCGCCAUCCUGAGGAGCAGCAGAAGGUCCUUUUCCUGUUUUACAGUUUUUUCAACCCCAUGCUGAACCCCCUGAUCUACAGCCUGAGGAACGCAGAGGUCCAAGGUACACUGAGGAGAGCACUGUGCAAAGAAAGUCAUUCCCAGCUGGGGCGGCGUGUGACUCUCCAGCCUCAGUAGUCUCUUGGUAUCUUGGGGACUGAUUAUCACCUAAGGUCACCACUGUCUUUGUAUCUGUAAUGAAUUCCCUUUUCCCCAGGAAGUAGUUAUAUUUUGUUGCAUUCAUUAUACUUAUUAUCCUUAACAACUUUUUUCAUUUAACUACUUAUUGAAUUGAGAAUAUCUAAGGGAAAAUUUUAUCUUGCACAGUGGUAUGGGUCCCAAACGUUUAAAAUAGACACACUACCACUGACUUGGUCAGGUGUGCUCGGAAAUAGCAGAAUAGCUGGCGUUACCAGAUGCAGUCACAUCAGUAAGAAUUUUUUUAAAUACUGCAGCCACAGGCAAAGGCUUCAGAGCCCACUGAAACCUCUGUCCAUCUGCAUCCCACAUUUGGGUCCCCUGAAUCGUCUUUUCUAUUGCAAGUAGUAAAUAUCCACUUAAGCUUGGAGGAAAACUGACUUUUACUUGCUAAAUUCUAUAAUCUGUCUGACAAUUUUUGUAGUCAGAGAGUGACUUCAUACCCAUUCAGCUGGCAACCCCAGCAAACUACCCAACAAAAGCCAAUUUUCAAUCUUUCCUGAGAUUUCAAUGGCCACUUGUUUCUAAACUCCC